AUGCCCAGCAGCGGGGACGCCCCGCUGUCCCGCCUGCUCGUGCCCCUGCUGCUGGCACUGGGCUGGAUCGUGGGCUGUGCCCUCAUGGUGUACAUUGUCUUCUCCUGA